AUGCGCAUAAAACGUUCGAGGUGCACCGCAAGUGAGAGUGGUGAGUUAGUGGCCCCACCACUACUGCGUGUGCGCCUGGAUUCAAGCCGAGGUGUGAGGGUCGGCUGCGACGCGUCUAAUAACACGAAGAAUGAUGCGUUGGAUGCACCGCCGACACCACGUGCGUCGGGUAGCGUGGAAGAUGAGUGUCAGCGACGAGUGCUUUUUUUUCGUUUGCUCGAACGUGGCGCGUGCGGCGCAGCAGGGGAUGAUAAGACUUAUGCUCUGGCGAAUUCUGCGGUUCUGCCUUCGAAUACCGCUUUGUCUGUUGAGCGGGUGUGGGAUGCCCAGGGAAACCUGGUGAUGGAUUGCCAAGUUGUAGGGAAAAAAUCGGGUGAAGUGGGUGUAGUUCCGGUCUCUUCUAUCGUUGGUGAUGUGUUAGUCGGUCCUGGAGAUUCAGUGGCGAUUGACAGUGAGGGAAGCUGGUCGGUAUAUAUCCUUGACAAGGGUGCAGCGGCUGACGCUGUGGGCGAAGUGAACGAAGAAGAAGGGGACAAAAACAUGAAGGAGGAUGACGUGUUUGGAUUUGGUAAUCUGCGCAUAACGGAUGAUGACGAUGGAGAAUCAACUGCGGUCUCUUGUGUGAAGCCUUAUUUUGCCUUCAGGUCGGAGCGAAAGCGGCACCGCGAAGGGACGUACCAUGAUUAUGUUCUUUCUUUUGGUGAGUCGCUGGCUAACCGCAGUGUGGCCGUUAAUAAAGCUGAACUGUUACUUUACGACGCCCUGCAAAAAAAUUAUGACGACUUUCUCCUGGACGAGCAAGGGGCUAUCGAUCCUGAGUUGUACUUAUAUCCUGACCAUCGCAAAGACGAUGAGUACGACAGCAAUGCUGCUGACUUUUCUGCCAAUGAGUACCCAGAUGAAACUAGUAGCAGUAACAGUAUCCGGACGGAUGGGAUGAGUACAGCAGGUACAUAUGACGACGAGAGAUGUCACAGGCCUCGUGGCGUUUGGGGGAGCUCUGGGUUUUGUGGAGAUAGUGAUGUUGGCGACCCGCUGGGCAGUAGUUGGAAUGAUACGGAUGACGGUUAUUAG